AGAGUUUAAGAUUUAUUUAUGUUAUGAGCUGCUGCUCACUACUGACUGUUUUACUAUAUUAUUACAACGAGUUUUAUACCGAGUGUUAAAACAAAGUAUUAGCCGCUAAACUAAUUACGUUGAAAUUGUCAGUGACGGGUGCAUGCCUAAUGCAUUUCCACCUAAACAAACAUACUUGGUACAAGUGGAAAGUAGACCAGUACAGCUAAUAUUAAUGAAAAUGAAUCAUGAUGAUCUACAAAACAUUCCCGUUAAGAUCGAAGGGUGUCCUAUUGUAGCAUCAGAAUCAACUGUCAUCAAUACCGAUAGUUACCUAUUGGAAGAAUCAACUUUAAGCGAUGAUGAAAAGCAAGAAGGUGACGAUUGUAUUCAAAAACACAUCUGUGGUAAAUGUCACAAAUCGUUUAGACGAUAUAGUGAGUUUAAAAAACAUUCCGCAUUUUGUCAGUUCGAUAGUGAUUACCACUUACGAAAAGCAGAUAUGAUGAAGAAUACUGAAAAAAUUGAGAGGGAAGCAAUUAAUAUGGAGUCUACUUCCUGUUCAUCGAACACAUAUGAAACAAUCAGUUGUGAGGUGUGUAAACAAAUGUUUUCUCGUUUAGAUAGUUUACAAGAACAUUUAAAGCGUCAUCUGGACACACAAUUAACUAAAACAGAAGAAAAUAUGUGCCCCAUUUGUAAAAAUUGUUUUUCCAAUUUAUCAAUUUUGAAAAAGCAUAAACUUAAACAUAGAGGAAAUCGUCCUUUUGCUUGCGACUUUUGCGAUAGAAAAUUUCCUGUAUUAAGUCUAUUGAUAAAACAUCGUCGUUCUCAUACUGGCGAAAAACCAUACACAUGCGCUGAACGCAACCAAAGUUUUUCUGCUAAGGGAUUACUCAACCGUCAUAUGAAGCUACAUACUAGUGAAAAACCAUACACUUGCGCUGAAUGUAAUCAAUGUUUUACUUCUGAAGACAUGCUCAAACAGCAUACGAAACGACAUACUGAUGAAAAACCCUACAUAUGCACUGAAUGUGAUCAAUGUUUCGCUAUUAAGGAUUCGGUCAAUCUUCAUAUUGAACUUCAUACCAUCAGAACGCCUCACGUUUGCAAUGAAAGUGGAAUAAGUUUUGACACCACCCGACUACAUAUUCAACAUCCAUUUGACUGUAAUCAAUGUAAAGAAAAACUCAAAUCCAGUAAGCAAGACGUUGUUCCAGAACGGCAAUUGAUAACAGAUGAAGGAUCUGAAACAACUACAAAGCAAUUGGUAUUCGAAAACGAAGUAUGUAGUACAGUAGAAAAUCAGAGUAUAAAAAUAGAACCCAAAACUAGUAUCUCCAAAGGUCUACGUGAUGUCAAUAUAAGCAAUCGACCAUUGGUUGAAGCGGACACUACUGUACAACAAUUAAAUGAAAAUGAAGAACCUGAAAGAACCACCGAGCAAUUGUUAUUAAACAACGAAUUAUACACUAUUAUAACACUAGAAAAUGAGAAUAUUAAACUGAAACAAAAAACUAUUAUCCCUGAAGGUGUAAUUGAGUCUACCAAUGAAGAUCAAACACUUGUUAAAAGUGGAUUUGUUGUAGAAGAAGAAGUAGAAGUAAAAGAUAAUAUAACUGAAAUAGUUACAGAGCAGCUGUUAGAAAAUCAUGAAUCAUGCAGUGUUAUUACACACAAAACUAAGAGUAUCAAUAUAGAAACUAGAAAUGCUAUUCCUGAAACUGGUAUUUCUUUAAAUAGCAUAACAUACGAUAUACCUUCAAUUGAUAAUAAUUUAGCAAAGCAAGUUAAAAAAGAUGAACCACAUCAAAUAUCUAGACAGCAACUAUUAAAAAAUGCAGAGUUCACUGUUACAACGCUAGAAAAUAAGAGAAUAAAAUUGGAGUUAGAAACUGCUAUUCCAGAAACUGUAGUUGGCACGGUUGCUAAAGAACAAUCUAUUAAAGUUGAAGCAGCUGAAACAAAUUCAGAAGAAUUAUUACUAGAAAACGAAUUAUACAGUGUUAUAACACUAGAAAGUGAGAACAUAAAAAUCGAGCCGAACGCUACUGUUUUAGAAAGUUUGACUGAUGUUGUUACAGACGAUCGAACAUCCAUUGCAGAUGAGAUUUUAUUGUUACAAUUCACAGAAGAAGAAGAAUUUGAAAAUAAUUCAAAACAAGUUAAAAAUUCCUCUUGCUUGUUGAAACAACACAUUAAAGAACAUAAAAGUGGUGAUAAUAUUAAUAAAUCUGCAAUUUUAAAAAAGCGUAAAAGUAUACAGAAAGGAGAGGGUCCUUUUACUUGUAACUUUUGUAAGAAGAAAUUUCCGGUGUUGAGUGUAUUGGAAAACCACCGUCGUUCUCACACUGGUGAAAAACCCUAUUCCUGUGCUGAAUGUAAACAAUGUUUUGCUCAUAAGCAAGCACUCAAUCAUCACAUGACUCGACAUACUGGUGAAAAACCCUAUUCAUGCACAACUUGCAAUAAAAGUUUUGCUGUUAAGGAGUCACUCAAGCGUCAUUUGAGGAUACAUACUGGCGAAAAACCCUUUGCAUGCAGUGAAUGCAAUCAAUGUUUCGCUAUCAAAGAGGCACUUAAUCUUCAUAUGAGGCGACAUACAGGCGAAAAACCCUUCACAUGCACAGAAUGUAAUCAAUGCUUUUCUCGUAAGCAAGCACUCAGUGCUCAUAUGAUGCGACAUACUGGUGAAAGGCCAUACAUGUGUACUGAGUGUAAACAUUGUUUUGCUCGUAAACAAGGACUCGAACUUCAUAUGAAACGACAUUCUGGUGAAAAACCCUUUUUAUGCACUGAAUGUAGUCAAUGUUUUGCUACUAAGGAAUCACUAAAUCGUCAUAUGAAGCUGCAUACUGGUGAAAAACCCUUUACGUGUCCUGAAUGUAAUCGAAGGUUUGUGUUCAAGCUUGCCCUCAAACGUCACAUGAGGCGACAUACGGGUGAAAAACCGCACACAUGUACUGAAUGUAAUAAAAGCUUUGGUGUUAAACAAGAACUCAAACGUCAUAUGAGGCAGCAUACAGGCGAAAAACCAUACAAAUGCACUAUGUGUGAUCAAAGUUUUAAUAUUAAGGACUCUCUGAAUCGUCAUAUAAAUCGUCAUACUGGAGUUAAACCCCACACAUGUUCUGAAUGUAAUAAAAGUUUUACAGUUAAGGAAUCACUAAAUCGUCAUAUAAAACUGCAUUCUGGUGAAAAGCCUUACUCUUGCACUGAAUGUAAUAAUAGUUUUGCUGUUAAGCAGGCGCUUAAACGUCAUAUGAGACAACAUACUGGUGAAAAGCCCUAUAAAUGUACUGAAUGCAAUGAAAGUUUUAAUGUUAAUGACUCUCUUAAGCGUCAUAUGAGGCGUCAUGCUAAAGAAAUUCUACGAAUACAACAAAUGCAAUCAAAGAUGAAUGAUAUGGAAAAAAUUGAAAAGGACACUAUUAGUAUUGAGAAUGAAGAUAUUUGUUUUUGCUGCGGUGAAAGUCAUGACAUAUUUCAUAUGGGUGAAAUAAAUUGUUCGGAUUGUUCAAAAUCAUUUAAAACACAAAUCGGCUACGAGCGACAUAUUUUUAUAACACAUUCAGAAUCCAAUGAAUUUUCUUGUUCUAUAUGUAAUGCAAAAUUGCGCACAUCUGAUUUGAUGAGGUUGCAUGAAGAAGAACACAAAAAUCGUGGAAGAUUAUAUGAUUACAAAAUGAGCGGCAAGGAUUUUAAUUGUAAAUUUGAAUUUGAAUUCCAUCAAAAGUCUACUUCCUGUUUGCUAAAUGAUAAAUCGUUAAUUAAAGAUGAUACUACUGAUAUAAAAUUUAAAGAAAAUGAAGUAUUAGAGAUAACUACAGAGCAAUCGUUAUUAAAUAAUGAACUGUGUACUUCAGUAGAAAAUGAGAAUAUAAAAAUAGAACCCAAAAAUAGUAUUUCUGAAAGUCUGUUGGACGUUAAUAAAAACAACAAAAUGUCGGUUGAAGAUGGCACAUCUUUACAACAAUUGAAUGAUAAUGAAGUACCUACAACAACCACAGAGCAAUUGUUAUUAAACAACGAAUUAUACACUAUUAUAACACUAGAAAAUAAGAAUAUUCAAAUGGAACAAAAAACUAUUAUCCCAGAAGGUAUUAUUGAUGCUACUAAUGAAGACAGAAAGCCUCUUGGUGAGGGAGUAGUUUCACAACAAAUUCUCAAAAAUGAAAUAUAUGAUGCUAUUAAACAAGAAACUGAUAGUAAUAAUAUAGCAGCGGAAACACCUGCUCCUGAAUGUUUAGUUAAUGACAUAACACAUGUUCGAACAUCAAUUGAUAAUAAUUUAGUUAAACAAUUUAUAAAAGAUGAACCACAUGAAAAUUUCACUGAUCAACUAUUAAGAAAUGUGGAGUAUACUGUAGAUAUACUAGAAAAUAAAAGAAUAAAAUUAGAGUCGGUAACUAAUGUUAUUGAAGCCGUAGUAGGUACGGUAACAGACGAUCAAAUGUCAUUGAACGAUAGCGUUGAUAUACAACAAUCUAUCAAAGUUGAAGCUGAUGAAACAAAUACAGAAGAAUUAUACAGUGUUAUAACACUGGAAAAUGAGAGUAUAAAAGUGGAGCCGAAUACUACAGUUCUAGAAAGUUUGAAUGGUGUUGUUACAGACGAUCGAACUUCAAUCAGAGAUGAGGUUUUAAUGUCACAAAUCACACAAAACGAAGAGAAGCAGCACACAGAGCAACAUAAAAGUGGUGACAAGGUUCAGGCAUCCACAAUUUUAAAAAAUCGUGAAAGUACCCAUAAAGAUGAGAGCCCUUUUACUUGCGACUAUUGUGGUGAGAAAUUUUCAGUAUUGAGUAUUUUAGAAGAUCAUCGUCGUACACACACUGGCGAAAAACGUUACACCUGUACUGAAUGCAAACAAUGUUUUGUUCAUAAGCAAGCACUUAACAAUCACAUGACGCGACAUACUGGUGAAAAACCUUAUUUAUGCACAACAUGUAAUAAGAGGUUUCCUGCUAAGAAAUCACUCAUACGUCAUUUGAAACUACAUACUGGUGAAAAACCGUUUGCUUGCAGUGAAUGCAAUCAAAGUUUUGCAACUAAGGGGACACUUAAUCUCCAUAUGAGAAGACAUACAGGUGAAAAACCCUUCACAUGCGCUGAAUGUAACCAAAGUUUUUCUCGAAAUCAAGCACUCACUGCUCAUAUGAUGCGACAUACUGGUAAAAAACCAUAUAUGUGCACAGAGUGUAAUCAUUGUUUUGUUCGUAAGCAAGGACUCGAUCUCCAUAUGAAGCGACAUGCUGGAGAAAAACCCUUUAUAUGCACUGAAUGUAAUCAAGGUUUUGCUGUUAAGGAUUCACUCAAUCGUCAUAUGAAGUUACAUACUGGUGAAAAACCCUUCAGAUGCACUGAAUGCAAUAAAAGCUUUGCGUGCAAGCGUGCUCUUAAAUAUCAUACAAGGCGGCAUACUGGUGAAAAACCCUUCACAUGUGCUGAUUGCAAUAAAAGUUUUGCUGUUAAACAAGAACUCAAACGUCAUAUGAGGCAGCAUACUGGCGAAAAACCUUACAAAUGCACUGAAUGUGAUCAAAGCUUUAAUAUUAAGGACUCUUUGAACCGUCAUAUGAAUCGUCAUACUGGAGAAAAACCGCACAUAUGCGCCAAAUGUAAUAAAAGCUUUGCAGUUAAGGAAUCACUAAAUCGUCAUAUGAAACUACAUUCUGGUGAAAAACCCUAUUCGUGUCCUCAAUGUAAUAAUAGUUUUGCUGUUAAGGAAGCUCUCAAGCGGCAUAUAAGGCGACAUGCUGGUGAAAAACCUUUCUCAUGCAUUAAAUGCAACAAAGGUCUUGCAAGUAAACAGGAGCUCGAUAUUCAUUUAAGACGGCAUAUUGCUGACAAACCCUUCUCAUGCAAUGAAUGUAAUCAACAUUUCUAUACUAAGAGCUCACUCAAUCGUCAUAUGAAACUUCAUUCUGGUGAAAAACCCUACACAUGCUUGGAAUGCAAUAAAAGUUUUGCUGCUAAGCAUGGACUAAAGUAUCACAUGAAACUACAUAGUGGUGAGAAGGCUUAUAAAUGCACUGAAUGCGAAAAGAGUUUUUAUGUUAAUGACUCGCUUAAGCGUCAUAUGAAGCUACAUACUCAAGAUACUCUACAAAUACAACAAAUGCAAUCAAAACUUGCUUCUUAAGAGUUCAAUCAGUUGUCGUGUGAAGCAACGCGUUGGUAAAAAGUGUGUAAUUAAUAUGGAUUAAGUAUUUUGAAAUUACUGGACUUUGUUAUCAUAGCAGUGUCUGUGGACAACGUAAAAAAAGCAUCAAAAUUAAUAUAAAGCACAUAAUGCUAUUUAGAUUGAUAGCAUUUUACACUAGUUUGGUUUAACAAACUAAAGCAGCAUACCAGAUUUCGUUUUACUGGAAGCGUAAAAAUGAAGCCUAAGAACACAGUUUCAAAUGCAAUGAACCUUGCGGGCUACAACAACAAUUUAUGGUAAUAUGGAAGUUUAUAUAAACGAAUUAAAACAUACAAGGUUUUAGUAUUUCAAGGAGGAAAUUCAAAACACUGGAAGUACUACAGAUCUGCACGGCAUGUUUCUUUUUUUAUAGUCUAAGUGUCUUGCUUAUGUGUGAAACAAAAUGUAGCUAAUGAUUUCUGAAUAUUGAUUUUAAAUUCGCCUAUAAGCAAAUUUUUUAAAUUAAAAAUAUGGAUGAGCUAUACAAAAAA